UGACAACAACUGCAGUUUGGUUCAGUAUAUAAUCUUGGUCUGGUGAGUCUGGGACUAAUUCUGGGCUACUACAGAGAUAAAUCUGUGUCCAUCUGAAACUGAAUCACAGGGAGAAUGUAUGGAGAAAGAAAAGUGUUCGGGACUAUCUGUCCAAACACAGUGGCUCCUCAUCAGAAUCAAGACAGAAGACAGACAGCAGCUAGAAAGGGCAGACCGAGGCUCCCCAGGAGCAGCAGCCCGGUCGCAGUUUAUGUGGACCGGAAUCCCUGCAUCGUUGAAGAGGCAUUCGCAACGAUAGCAUGGGAUGACUUGGAGGAAUGCGCGUCCGUGAUGAGGCGAGAGAGCGACUCCCUGGGUUCCCAGGUGAAUGAUUCCGACGGAGAUGACCACGACUUCGGGGAAUAUGCCCUGGACUUUAUAGCUGACUCUCCAGCCACAUUGGAGCGCAGUCUGUCUCCAGCUGAUCUGGUGGCCUUCCAAGGAUGUAUCAUCCCUCCUCUCACCCCCCAGCGGGAGCCCUGUCCAGAGGACAAGGACCAGCAGGGUUACCCUUCCUCAGACCCAGGCCUCGGCCAGCAUCAGGCCCAGGAUGGGUUACUCUGGAGGGGCAUUGCUCAGCACCACACCAGGGUCCUGGGACACACACUGGAGACCAACAGCCAGCUUCACCUGACUGUGAGCAGGAGGCAGGAGGAGAUUAACGCUCUGCUGCAACGCAAUGUCCACCUCAGAGAACUGGCCACCAGAGCUAAACACCUAGCCUCUGUCCUGGAUAAGCUGAUGAUGGUGAGGGAACCAUCAUGUUUUCGACAACCCUCAACAUCCCCCUGUGACGAACCCCCCAUGUCAACACUCCCAUGUAAGAGGCAGCGUCUGGAAGACACUUGUGACGACACAUCGCCCCCUGGGUGUGUGGAAGACAUCCUACGGGAUGUCAGCGAGCGCUGCAACACCGUCCUGCACCACAGCACAGUUCAAACACCUCUUACCCAGGAUAAUGACCCAGAGAGAAUACUGAUGUUCGGAGCGUUCUCUGGACUGCAGACAUCCAGGACCACAGGUGGCGCUGUGGUGAGCAUGGAGGACACAGAGGCAGGAGAGAGCAGUAGUGACUCGUCUUUCAGGACUUCAAUUAGGGAACACUGUACGAUCAGGACUCAGACCUUCCCUCACGGACACGCCUUCACCUCCAGGACGACCCAGGGUGGGUACCGCUUCCGCUGGGUUCCCAGCCAGAGCUAGCCGUUAGCGGUACUGGGUUCCCAGCCAGAGCUAGCCGUUAGCGGUACUGGGUUCCCAGCCAGAACUAGCCCUUAGCGGUACUGGGUUCCCAGCCAGAACGAGCCCUUAGUGGUACUGGGUUCCCAGCCAGAGCUAGCCGUUAGCGGUACUGGGUUCCCAGCCAGAGCUAGCCCUUAGCGAU